CCGAACCGGAAGUUUUUGAAAUAACGCGCAUGCGUGGAAAGUUUCGUAAGUGAACAUGGCGUCGUCACGGUCGCUCAUGAAAAGCCUGCAUCAGAAUUAUGCAUUAAUUCCUUUUAUCCAGGCACGGUUUUGCCAGACAGCAGCAGCGCCAGCUCUCCACCCAAAACUGAAGAAAUUUAGCAUAUACAGAUAUGAUCCAGACAAGCCAAACAAGAAACCAGCUCUGCAGGAGUAUGAAGUUGACCUCAACGAUUGUGGCCCUAUGGUCUUAGAUGCCCUUAUUAAGAUAAAGAACGAACAGGAUCCAACCUUGACCUUCCGGCGCUCGUGUCGUGAGGGAAUAUGUGGCUCCUGCUCCAUGAAUAUUAAUGGCGCCAACACACUGGCUUGUAUAUGUAAAAUUGAUGAAGGCAGUAAGGCUACCAAGAUCUACCCUCUCCCACACAUGUAUGUCAUCAAGGAUCUUGUGCCAGACAUGAAUAAUUUUUAUGCCCAGUACAGAUUCAUAGAGCCGUAUUUGAAGAAGAAAGAUGAAAACGAGGCAGAAAUAGGAACGAAGCCAUAUUUUCAGAGCCCAGAAGACAGGGCCAAGCUGGACGGGCUUUAUGAGUGUAUUCUGUGUGCAUGUUGUAGCACCUCUUGCCCCAGCUACUGGUGGAACUCUGACAAAUAUCUGGGACCUGCAGUUCUCAUGCAGGCAUACAGGUGGAUGGUGGACUCGCGUGAUGACUUUCAACACGAGCGCCUGGAGAAGAUGCGAGGCGCCUACGCUGCGUACAAGUGUCAUACCAUCAUGAACUGCACCAGAGUUUGCCC